CAAUUUAGAUCAUCAGCGCCUUUCAACAAUUCAGAGUUCCUUUCCUUGUUCCUUAAUAGAACAAACAAAUACUCUUACCUUAUAUUAGCAAUGGCCUCAGCAGCAGUUGGCAACUACGAAGAAGAAAUCGUUCGUCCCGUCGCCGACUUCUCCCCUAGUCUCUGGGGUGAUCACUUCCUUUCAUUCUCCAUUGACAAUCAGGUUGCGCAAAAGUAUGCUCAAGAGAUUGAACCAUUGAAGGAACAGACAAGAAGUAUGUUGUUAGCAACCGGAAGAAAAUUGGUUGACACAUUGAAUUUGAUAGACACCAUUGAACGCCUUGGCAUAUCUUAUCACUUUGAGAAAGAAAUUGAUGAGAUUUUGGAUCAAAUUUACAACCAAAACUCAAACAGCAAUGAUUUGUUCACUUCUGCACUUCUUUUUCGGUUGCUCAGGCAACAUGGUUUCAACAUCUCUCCUGAAAUUUUCAGCAAAUUCCAAGACGAAAAUGGCAAAUUCAAGGAAUCACUUGCUAGUGAUGUGGUAGGAUUAUUGAACUUGUAUGAAGCUUCACAUGUAAGGACUCAUGCUGACGAUAUCUUAGAAGCCGCACUUGCUUUCUCCACUAUCCAUCUUGAAUCUGCAGCUCCACAUUUGAAAUCUCCACUUAGGGAGCAAGUGGCACAUGCUCUUGAGCAAUGUUUGCACAAGGGCGUUCCUAGAGUUGAGACCCGAUUCUUCAUCUCAUCAAUAUAUGAGAAGGAACAAUCGAAAAAUAAUGUGUUACUUCGAUUUGCUAUUUUGGAUUUCAACUUGCUCCAGAUGUUGCACAAACAAGAACUUGCUGAAGUAUCAAGGUGGUGGAAAGAUUUGGAUUUCGUAACAACACUUCCAUAUGCUAGAGAUCGAGUAGUUGAAUGCUACUUUUGGGCAUUAGGAGUUUAUUUUGAGCCUCAAUACUCUCAAGCUCGUGUCAUGCUCGUUAAGACCAUAUCAAUGAUUUCGAUUGUCGAUGACACCUUUGAUGCUUAUGGUACAGUUAAAGAACUUGAGACAUACACAGAUGCCAUACAAAGAUGGGAUAUCAAUGAAAUUGAUCGGCUUCCUGAUUACAUGAAAAUCAGUUAUAAAGCUAUUCUUGAUCUUUACAAGGAUUAUGAAAAGGAAUUGUCUAGUGCUGGAAGAUCUCAUAUUGUGUGUCAUGCAAUAGAAAGAAUGAAAGAAGUAGUUAGAAACUAUAAUGUCGAGUCAACAUGGUUUAUUGAAGGAUAUAUGCCACCUGUUUCUGAAUACCUAAGCAAUGCAUUGGCUACUACUACAUAUUACUACCUUGCGACAACAUCAUAUUUGGGUAUGAAGUCUGCGACAGAGCAGGAUUUUGAGUGGUUGUCAAAGAACCCUAAAAUUCUUGAAGCUAGUGUGAUUAUAUGCCGAGUUAUUGAUGAUACAGCAACGUACGAGGUUGAGAAAAGCAGAGGACAAAUUGCAACAGGGAUUGAGUGUUGCAUGAGAGAUUAUGGUGUAUCAACAAAAGAGGCAAUGGAUAAAUUCCAACAAAUGGCUGAGACAGCAUGGAAGGAUCUUAAUGAAGGACUUCUUAGGCCAACUCCAGUAUCUGCAGAGCUUUUAACUCCUAUUCUCAAUCUUGCUCGUAUUGUUGAGGUUACAUAUAUACACAAUCUAGAUGGAUAUACUCAUCCGGAGAAAGUCUUAAAACCUCACAUUAUUGGCCUACUUGUGGACUCCAUCGAAAUUUGAGCUGCCAAUUGUUGCUCAUCUUAAGGAAACUACAUUCUUCUUUGUUGAGAAAGUAGUUAUAUAAGUUUAAUUUUUUCGUUUUAUUGUAUAAUUAAGUUGUUGGGGAGCUGCUUUUGCGGUUGUGCAGUGCACUUCCUAACUAGGACCUCCUUAAGAUCCUUGUAAGAAAUAAUCUAAAUCCUUUUAUGUAACAAUAAGUUAAAGUUAUGAAGCUUGUUAUGGGAGUCUUACUUACCUUAUAAAUAGAGUCUCUUGUAACCUAUUUUUCUGUGUAUGAAGUAAUCUGAGCCUUUUCCA